AAAAACCACAGCUGGGGCAGAAGGGUAGGACACUCACAAGGAGAUACAGAGGGGCAGUUAAAGCUGCAAAUCAUAUGAUUAUAAGGAGAAGAAGGGGCAAUAAGAGAGAGACAUGGGAGGCACAAGAGAUGCUGCUAAACUUCCCCGGGUCCUUACAAUCCUCUGUCUUUUCCUCCUGCCCCAAACAGGGUCAGUUCUGGAGGUGACUGCUCCGUCCCCCCACGUUGCCCAGAAAGGAUCCGACACCCUGAUUCCCUGCACAUUCCGUAUUGAUCCAUUCCCUGCGGAUCCCAAACUCUUGAACAUAAAGUGGCACUUUAAUGGGCAGAUACGACUGUCAUGCACUGAUAGUGAGGUGAGCGCCACGGACCCCCGGUUCUCCUUGGACCCCAAUUCCGCUCUGUUGGGAGAGGCCUCUCUGUCUGUCUCUAACGCUCAGAUAUCCGAUGGGGGGACCUACUCCUGCUCCGUCACUUACGGCACCGAGUGGCAAGAGAAGGAGAUCAGGCUGGAAAUCCAAGCCCCCCCCCAGAUAAACAUCACCAAUAAACUGGUUACUGAGAAUAAGGAGAGCGCCCUGAGUGCCGCCAUUACUGGGUUCUACCCCGUGGACAUUGACAUUAAAUGGCUCAGGGAGGGGGAGAUACUGGCUGGUAGGACUGAGCUCCCCCCCCAGAGAAAUGCAGAUGGUACAUACCGAGUGACCAGCACAGUGACCAUUGUACCCACCGAGGGGAACCAGAACUUCUCUAUCCGGGUCCAACAUGAGUCUCUCUCUGCCCCAUUACAGGAGGAUUUCCAGCUGCUCUAUGAAGCCGCCCCCUCCAUACACAUCAGCCAUGGGUCAUUUUAUGUGAAUGAGGAGCAGACGCUGAUGUGCCAAGUGUGGGGGUAUUACCCAGAAGACAUUGCUGUGAGUUGGUUCCUGAAUGGAUCUCGGGUGGAACCCUCAGAGAUAAAGAGAAUUAACAGUUCUGCUCUGGAGUUGCCCUACCGGUUCCUCCCAACAGCUGAGAGUCAGGGGAUGGAGAUCUCUUGUGUGGUGGAACAUCGGGCCCUGACGGAACCUCUUGUGCAGUCACUGAAGGUAGAACUGACAGAUGCUCAGGGGAGAAACACAUUAAUAAUACCAAUAGCAAUAGUUGUUGUUGCUCUGGUGGCAGUUGUUGCUGUUCUGAUCCUAAAGAAGAUGAAACGAUGUUGUUUCAGGACAGGGAAUAGAGAAGAAUACAGAGAACCAGAUUAUUUACAAGAGUUAAAGGAAUCUUUAAUCUCACAUCAUCCAGAAUACAGAGAACCAGAUUAUUUACAAGAGUUGAAGGAAUCUUUAAUCCCACGUCAUCCAGAAUACAGAGAACCAGAUUAUUUACCAGAGUUAAAGGAAUCCUUAAUCCCACGUCAUCCAGCAAAACCCAAAGAAAUGAACAAAAAAAUAACCAGAAACAACGAUGGAACCUUUUCUCCUAGAAGUGAAAAAGUAUUUUCUGAGAAGGAAUUGGAGCUCGGACAGCGAGUGAUCUGGGAACAUGAAUCUCUAGCGAAGCCUGAGUGCCGGGACCUGCCCUUAACUGAAGCUGACAAGAGCAAGUUACCCACAGAAGCCUCAAAAUCAGGGGCCCCUGAGACUGAAGAAGGAGGAGAAGAUUCAGAACAAACAGGACUUGUUGGGUCACAGACUGACAGGGAAACUCAGCAAUGUCCUCCCAUAGAGGGAAACAUGGCAGACAAUGGAGAGCAGGAACCAGAGGAACAGAGCUCAGAAGUUCUACAGGACCAGGAGGAAUCUGAGACUGGACCAAGGGAGAAACAUAUCCCUAAUUCCCCUGUAAUGGAGGAACAAGAAUAGAGAUUCAAGGCCUUCAAGGCUUAUAGACAGUUCAGUACAGAGUUGUGUCCCAGGGAGGACAAGUGGACCAAAAGACUACAGAGAAAGAAAGGGCAAUGGACAUGAAAUACAUGUGGUGGGAAUAUAAGGAAGUCCUGGUGGGGAAAUACAAAUCAACCAUUGGAUUCAGGAGAAACUUGACCAGAGAUCUAAUUGAAGAUGGAUAUUCCCUUCAAGUCACAUUACAUUAGGAUGCCUUAAAGGGUUUCAAGUGCUCAUGGUAUAAAGACUCAUGGAUCUGGAAGGUACAACUCAGUAUGGAGACAUAGCCUACACCAUGAAGGGAAAAGAACACUCCCAGCAAGUCCAUAAUAAGUUGGUUGAGAAGCACCAGGGGAUGGACACGUGUAGCACAUUCUAGCAGUACUGUCCCUGUUUUGCCCCCGGAGAAUAAAGAUUUUAUUUAUAAAUGA